CACUGAGCUAAAUCCAAAACAUUUUGAAUACUAAUGUGACGCAUUGCCUUGGUUUCCUACACAAAAUUAUUAACAAUGUUGUAAAACAUAACAUCAGUGACAUGCAUACGGUGUAUAUGAAUAUGGAAUAGAAACAGAUUUCCUGAUUAGGCGAAGCAAAGAUUCCAAAAUCCGGAAAAAAAAAUCCCCAAUCUGAAGCAUGUUCAUCCAAAGCCUUUCAGAUCAGAGACUCUAGCCCUGGGACAGACAGGUGGAGACGGACUGUGGGGAACCUGGUCCCGCUGGAACGCCUUCGCUUAGGAAUGCUGUCACUUAAUCAGGUGGGCAGGGACCAGCCCUGAGCUGCACAGAAGCAGGGACCCAGCCGGUCGCACGAGAGCCGUGGGUCUUGGCUGUGUUCCAACUUUCAUUUUCUGAGAGAAGAAAAUCGAAACUUAGCUGAGCAUUAGUCAAAGGUAAUGCGUGUUUUCCUCCGUGCUCCUCCCUGAGGCCGGGCUGCCUGGAGGUGUGGCCAGGUUCCACUGUCAUAUAAGGCGCGGGAGGCUUCAGGGUACCCUUGAGGAGCCAUGGGGAUGCUGGUGGCCACAGCCCUGGCCGGGAGGAUGCUGAGAGCAUUCAGGCUGCCGCUGGGCUCUCUGUGGGGCAGCCUGGCCGCCCUGCUCUGCUGGCUGCGGGCAGCAUUCUGGUGGCCAGCUGUGGAAAGGGGACAGCAGCAGCUUGGGGAGGAAGAGGAGGAGGACCGCAUGGUUCCUACCAGUGUCAACUACCACUUCUCUCGGCAGUGCAACUACAAGUGCGGGUUCUGUUUUCACACGGCCAAGACAUCCUUCGUUCUGCCCCUGGAGGAGGCCAGGAGAGGGCUGCUUCUGCUCAAGGAAGCCGGUAUGGAGAAGAUCAACUUUUCUGGCGGGGAGCCCUUCCUCCAGGACCGAGGCGAGUACCUGGGCAAGCUGGUCAAGUUUUGCAAGGUGGAGCUCGGUCUGCCCAGUGUCAGCGUUGUGAGUAACGGGAGCCUGAUCCGAGAGAGGUGGUUCAGGGACUACGGUGAGUACCUGGACAUCCUCGCUGUCUCCUGUGACAGCUUCGAUGAGCAAGUCAACGUCCUCAUCGGCCGGGGCCAGGGAAGGAAGAACCACGUGGAAACGCUGCAGAAGUUAAACAAGUGGUGCAAGGACUACAGAGUGGCCUUCAAGAUCAACUCCGUGAUCAACCGCUUCAACGUGGAGGAGGACAUGCGAGGACCCAUCACAGCGCUCAACCCCGUGCGCUGGAAGGUGUUCCAGUGCCUCCUGAUCGAGGGUGAGAACUGUGGUGAAGAUGCGCUGAGGGAAGCUGAGCGGUUCCUCAUCAGCGAGGAGGAGUUCGAGGGAUUCCUGGAGCGUCACAGAGAAGUGUCCUGCUUGGUGCCGGAGUGUAACCAGAAGAUGAAAGACUCCUACCUCAUUCUGGAUGAAUAUAUGCGCUUUCUGAACUGCAGGAAGGGGCGCAAGGACCCGUCCAGGUCCAUCCUGGAUGUCGGCGUGGAGCGGGCCAUAAAGUUCAGCGGGUUUGACGAGAAGAUGUUUCUCAGGCGAGGGGGCAAGUAUGUGUGGAGCAAGGCGGACAUGAAGCUGGACUGGUGACCGGAGGGCGGGAGGAGACGCCAGCGCCUGUCCCCGGGGGGCCGGAGCUGCGGCCGGGCGCCCGCUCUGUAAAGGCCCUGGGAUCCGAGCAGGGCAGUGCUGCGAGUGUGGAGCUGCCUGGUGGAUUCCAACAGGGCCGCGGUCCCGGGCCACCCUCCGGGCUGACUCUGAGUCUGCAGCUUGAGACCUGGUCUGGGUCCCCCGAGAAAAACCAGCCCCUUCCUCUGUAGCUCAGAGGCAAAGCUUGCAAGGGCUGUCACGAAAUCAAGGUCCCCUCGCGGUGAAGCCGCCACACGGAGUUUACUUAGGGAGCCGACGCAGCAUCUCACUGCCUGCAAAGCAAUCAUUUUUUUGUAAUUGUUUCAAAAAAGCAGAAUCAUGCAUUUGGUUUGUUGUUUUUUGCUUUGUUUUGAUUUUGCCAACAGCUGCAAUCCCAGCGCCUGACAGAAGAGGGCGCGUAGAUGUAUGAUUUCACCGGUUUGUUCUGGAAAUUCUGCUUCAUAACCUAUCUUCAGGACUUGCUGGUUUGAAUUAUGAUUUUUUUUCUUAGAAAAGCUGUUCCUACCCAGGUUUUAAGGCUUCAUAGCUUAACUUACAUGUUUGUGUCUUAUCCAAAAUAGUGUAGGUUAUCCUGUGCUGUUUUUCUAAUUUAUGGACCUUUUUUUUUUUUUUUGGUACUGGGAAUUGUGCUUAGAAGGCAGGAGGUGGAACCACUGAGCUAAGUCCCCAGCCCUAAGUUAUGGAAUUUUUAAAAGAGAAGAUGCAUCACAAAGUCCCUCGUCCUGCUGGGUCUUCUCAGGACCUGAGCUGUGACACCUUCCUAUGAUCAACCUAGACAUAAAACAAAAUGCUUAGUUCACCAAAGGCCUCGUGUGGCACCUAGGAGGUACACAGCCAAUGUGACUGGAGAUCAAAUCUGAAUCUGGAGCUCAAAUCCUUUCUAGUUGGGGGAAACUAUCUCUCUUUUCUCCAAGGUACAGAUAAUACAAAACAAAGCAAAAUUACACCUGACAAAUAACCUGCUUUCAAUACAUUUCUAGCUAUGUUUUUUUUAAAACUACAGCACUGUUUUAGGCACUGUUAGGAUUGGCAAUGAUUUUACAAUUAAAAUAUUCAGAUGCCCUUUUUUCUUAAAGCAGAGGAAUGGGAACUUUUGGUGUUACAGUAAAAUCCGAAUUUGGGUUACAUAGUGUUUUGCUUUACUUUUCUGACAAGUGUUACCUUUGUGAAAAUACUCUGUUUAUUGGGAGAAUAAAGAAUAAUGGAACUGAUGCAUCUUCAGUGUUAAGGGCAAGUGUUUUCAGCGACUGCUUCCAGUUUGGGUGGUGGUAACAUGAAUGGAAUUUUGUCUUAGGAAGCCUGGAAGGAUGGGUCACAAAUAGUGGCCUGCUGGCCUUGAAAGUGCUUGUCAUCUCUGCUAUUUAGCGAAACAUAAUAUGACAGUGACCUGUUUUCUUUCACGUUCGAAUGCAAGUCAGCCUAUUUGGCUGAAUUAUCUUUAAAAAAAAAAAAAACUGGGCUCAGGUUUAUCUCUAUUGGUGUUCGGCAUUUACUUGCUGCAUAGAUUAAAAACUGGGCCA